AUGCAGAUUGGCGAGGUAGAGGAGGUGCCAGAACAACGAACACCUACUACCAAGACAGACGGAACUGCCUUGAAACCGGUUGCAGAACAGCUUUGCUUCUCCAAACCAACCAAGGAGAUGGCCAAUCACCUCAGACCUCCGUUCAUAACAGCAAACUUUGGGGGUAUUCCUAUUCCCAAGGUGAUGGUAGAUAGAGGUGUAGCCAUUAAUCUUUUACCCCACAGAUUGCUAAGCAAGAUGGGAAGAACAGAGAAGGAUUUAAUUCCAACACGCUUAACGGUCACCAAAUUUGCUGGGGGGAUCACUAAAACUCAUGGAAUCCUGGAUGUAGAUGUCAUAGUUGGAACCAAAAAGCUAAAGAUUGCAUUCUUUGUGGUAGACACCAUGUCUACAACUUACAAUGCAUUACUUGGCAGGGACUGGAUUCACCAAAGCUUAUGUGUUCCUUCCACUCUACAUCAGCAACUAGCCCUAUGGAAUGAAGAGGGUUACAUAGAGAUAGUAGAGGCCGAUCCACGGCCAUUUCUACCCUCUGCCAUGUGUUUUGAGGCAAGGUAUUAUCAUGAUGACCUUGGACCUUUCACUUUCCUUGGAGUCAACCAGAAUGACCGCCCCAUGGUGUCACGGCCCAGAGACUCAUUAAAGACGGAAGAAAUGAAGCUUUUUAUGCAGAAUCCAGCCAUCAAUAUGGCAGAAUUCACUCAUGAAAGCACGGAAGAACAAGAAGAAGAGAGUUUACAGGAUGAAGUACUAGAUUUUGCCCCAGUAGCACUAGAUAAUUCUUUACCAGAAGUGGAAGACCCAUUACAAGAGAUAAACUUAUGGACAGAAGAGGAUCCAAGACCAACUUUCAUUAGCGCACUGUUGAAAGAACCACUCAAGACAUCCCCCAAGGAUGAAUAUCCUAUGCCAAUGGCACAAAUGCUAGUAGUUGGAGCUGCUCAUAACCAAAUGCUAUAUUUUAUGGAUGGCAAUGCAGGAUAUAAUCAGAUUAUGGUGGCAGAAGAAGACAUCCACAAGACAGCUUUCAUGUGCCUAGGACAUAUAGGUGCUUUUGAGUAUACUGUAAUGCCUUUUGGCUUAAGAAAUGCAGGAGCCACUUAUCAAAGAGCAAUGAAUUCUGUUUUCCAUGAUAUGAUUGGGCAUUCUCUAGAAGUAUAUAUAGAUGAUGUGGUGAUUAAAUCCCCAUAUAAGGGAGAUCAUGUAUCAAAUCUAAUAAAGGCAUUCCUAAGAAUGAGACAACAUAAGUUGAAAAUGAAUCUCAAAAAAUGUGUUUUUAGAGUUCAAGCAGGAAAUUUCUUAGGGUUCUUGGUUCACCGAAGGGGCAUAGAGGUUGACAAAAAUAAAGCAAAAUCCAUCAUAGAGGCUCUACCACCCCGGAACAAGAAAGAACUGCAGAGUCUCCUAGGAAAAAUUAAUUUUCUAAGGAGGUUCAUAUCUAAUUCUGCAAGAAAAAUCCAGCCCUUCUCUUCCUUGCUAAGAUUAAAACAAGAACAGACGUUUAAAUGGGUGGAACAACAUCAACAAGCUUUUGAGGAAAUCAAGCACUACCUCUCAAAUCCACCAGUUCUAUCCCCACCAAAGAGAGGAAGACCACUCAAACUUUAUGUUUCUGCAUCAGAAGUGUCCAUUGGGAGUCUAUUAGUCCAAGAUAACAAGGAAGGGAAGGAACAUGCAGUCUACUAUCUGAGCAGAACUCUAAUAAAAGUAGAAAGGAAUUAUUCUGCGAUUGAAAGGCUUUGUCUAGCCUUAUACUUCAUUGCUGUGAAACUCAGACACUACAUGUUGCCAUUCACCAUCUACAUCAUUGUCAAGACAGACCUAAUCUUGAGAGGAAGAAUUGGAAAAUGGACUCUGGCUUUGACCAAAUUUGCUUUCAAAUAUGUGCCUCAGAAAGCUGUCAAAGGACAAGCUGUAGCAGACUUCCUAGCAGAUCAUCCAGGGGAAAAGAUUGAAAACAUGGACUCUUUGGACAUAGCAAAUGUAGAUCUAUUUACUAGAGCUCAUACUUGCCUUAACAAUCCCAUCUAUUUAGUCCACCUUACACCUUGGAAACUGUACUUUGAUGGAUCAAAGACUGAUAUAGCUUCUAGGGCAGGGAUUGUUUUAGAAGAGCCACUAGGGAUCAGACACUGUUAUUCUUUCCAACUAGAUUUCCAAUGCACCAACAACAGAGCUGAAUAUGAGGCUUUAAUCAUUGGCCUAGAAAUGCUGGUGGAAUUAGGGAUCCAAUCUGUGAAAAUCCUAGGAGAUUCUAUUCUUGUGUUAAAACAGAUUGCUGAAGAAUACAAGUGUCUAAGUCCUUCUUUAGCUAUCUAUCUAGUGGCAGCCAAAAACUUUCUGACAGAAUUCAGGGAAGCUACUUGGGAACAUAUCCCAAGAGAAGAAAACUUUGCGGCCAAUGAAUUAGCUCAGGUAGCAACUUGUAUACAAAUGCCUGAAGACUAUGUGCAAAGGAUCAUCAAGGUAGGAAAGAAAAGUCUACCAUAUGUUCUUAUCAGAGGAAUGGCAAUAGAUGUCAAUUAUGCCAUAAUCACUGAAGAUGAUUGGAGAAAUCCUAUCAUAAAUUACUUGCAGUAUCCAACCUUGCCUUCUGAGAAAAGAGUCAGGAUCAUGGCUUUGAAUUACCUUAUGUGGAAUGGAGAUUUGGUCUAA